AGCCUGGGAGGGAGUCGGAGCUCGAGCCCCCGCCCCAGACCAGCCCCAGCCGGAUCCCCGGCCCGAGCCGGAGGCCGGUGCAGCCUGGGUUCCAGCGGCCGCGCGGUGCCCUGCAUCUGCGGCCGGCCCGAGCCGGGGCGGCGCGGCAGGUACCCCAGCAGCCAUCCACGUCCCCACCUACGCUCUCUGCUGCCUUGUCUGGCUUCCCUUGCUGGGGUCACCGCCACCAUGUUCUCAUGUGUGAAGCCCUACGAGGACCAGAACUACUCGGCCUUGAAACGAGCCUGUCUGCGCAAGAAGGUGCUCUUCGAGGACCCCAACUUCCCGGCCACUGACGACUCACUGUACUAUAAGGGCACCUCGGGGCCCACUGUCAGGUGGAGGCGGCCCAAGGACAUAUGUGAGGACCCCCGCCUUUUCGUGGAUGGCAUCAGCUCCCAUGACCUACACCAGGGCCAAGUGGGCAACUGCUGGUUUGUGGCGGCCUGCUCAUCAAUUGCCUCCCGGGAAUCCCUUUGGCAGAAGGUCAUCCCAGACUGGAAGGAGCAGGAGUGGGACCCCGAGAAACCCAGUGCCUACGCGGGCAUCUUCCACUUUCACUUCUGGCGCUUUGGGGAGUGGGUGGACGUGGUCAUCGAUGACCGACUGCCCACAGUCAACAACCAGCUCAUCUACUGCCACUCCAACUCCCGCAGAGAGUUCUGGUGUGCCCUGGUGGAGAAGGCCUACGCCAAGCUGGCAGGCUGUUACCAGGCCCUGGACGGAGGCAACACGGCAGAUGCGCUGGUGGACUUCACAGGUGGCGUUUCCGAGCCCGUCGACCUGACUGAGGGCGGCUUCGCCAAUGAUGAGGCCAGGAGGAGCCAGCUCUUCGAGCGUGUGUUGAAGGUGCACAGCCGGGGAGGCCUCAUCAGUGCCUCCAUCAAGGCAGUGACAGCCGCAGACAUGGAGGCCCGCCUGGCGUGUGGCCUGGUGAAGGGACAUGCAUAUGCCAUCACUGAUGUGCGCAAGGUGCGCCUGGGCCACGGCCUGCUGGCUUUCUUCAAGUCGGAGAAGCUGGACAUGAUCCGCCUGCGUAAUCCCUGGGGCGAGCGGGAAUGGAACGGGCCCUGGAGUGACACCUCAGAGGAGUGGCAGAAAGUGAGCAAGAGCGAGCGGGAAAAGAUGGGUGUGACCGUGCAGGAUGACGGGGAGUUCUGGAUGACCUUCGAGGACCUGUGCCAACACUUCACUGACAUCAUCAAGUGCCGCGUGAUCAAUACAUCUUACCUGAGCAUCCACAAGACGUGGGAGGAGGCCCGGCUGCGUGGCGCCUGGACGAGGCACGAGGACCCCCGGAAGAACCGCAGUGGGGGCUGCAUCAACCACAAGGACACCUUCUUUCAGAACCCACAAUACGUCUUUGACGUCAAGAAGCCGGAAGAUGAAGUGCUGAUCUGCAUCCAGCAGCGGCCCAAACAGUCCACCCGCCGGGACGGCAAGGGUGAAAAUCUGGCCAUUGGCUUUGACAUCUACAAGGUGGAGGAGAACCGUGAGUACCGCAUGCACGGGCUGCAGCACCGGGCCGCCAGCUCCAUCUACAUCAACUCGCGCAGCGUCUUCCUACGGACGGACCAGCCCGAGGGCCGCUACGUCAUCAUCCCCACCACCUUUGAGCCGGGCCACACUGGCGAGUUCCUGCUUCGGGUCUUCACCGAUGUGCCCUCCAACUGCCGGGAGCUGCGCCUGGAUGAGCCCCCCCACUCCUGCUGGAGCUCCUUGUGCGGCUACCCCCAGCAAGUGACCCAGGUGCACAUCCUAGGGGCUACUGGUCUCAAGGACUCCUCGACAGGGGCCAACUCUUACGUGAUCAUUAAGUGUGAGGGGGAAAAAGUCCGCUCGGCUGUGCAGAAAGGUACCUCGACACCCGAGUACAACCUGAAAGGCAUCUUCUACCGCAAGAAGCCAGGCCAGCCCAUCACAGUCCAGAUCUGGAACCACCGGGUCCUGAAGGACGAAUUCCUGGGCCAGGUGCACCUGAAGGCCGACCCGGAUGACCUCCAGGCCCUGCACACCCUCCACCUCCAGGACCGCAGCAGCCGCCGGCAGCCCAGCGACCUGCCAGGCACCGUCGCUGUGUGUGUCUUCAGUAGCACCUCCCUCACAGCUGUCUGAGCCCUGUCCCCCUGCCUGGCCUCUACAGUUUUACCACCAUCUGCAUGUCCCCAACCAGGCCAGGGACUAGCCUGGGAGCCAGGACACUGGGGGUCCUUUCCCAGCUUUUCCACUGACUUGCGGUAUGACCUUGGGAGGCCUCUGCCCCUCUCAGGGUCUCAGUGUCCCAAGGGCCCUGAAGCAUUCCCUGCUCACGGAGGAGUCUUCCUGCCUGAGAUUUACAGUAGCUCUUCUGACCCCAGCUGUCACCACUGCUAAGGGACUCUUAUCCGUUGAAAACGUUUUCUCAAGGCCCUGCUGUCUGCCAACGGAGUGCCAAGAUGUCACUUGUUUACACACGACCUUCCACGUCCCCAGGCCCCACUCUUGUCCCUUGUGUCCCGGGCCUGCCCCUGUGGCCCAGACCUUCCUUUCUCUGUCACCUACACCUGGUUUUCUCGACACCUUGAAAGGACUCUUGGCUCUUGCUUAGGCUGGAAUUAGGAAAAUGUGCAGGUGACAUUCAUUCAUUCUCUAAUCCUGCCCACUUGCCCAUUCAUCUAUUUAUUCCACAGAGAUUUGCAAAAUGAAUAAACGAUACCCAGGAGACCCCCGGUGGAGCUAGGGCCUUCCGUGCAACUCUGAGAGACCCGGCCUCCUCCCGGGGCCUCACCCUUGCCCGGGGCCUCUCAGAGGUUGAUGCCCAGACACGGCUGCGUUCUCACCCUGGGUUCUGGUUUCACACGCCCCCCUUUGGUGGGCCAGGAGGCUGUGAGAGUCAUGGGAACCUGGGGGAGGCACAUAUGUUCAGAUCCCCCUCCACUGCAAGACCUGGCUUUUCCUGGGAGGAAGGACCUCAGAGUGCUGGCCUCAGGCCCACUGGGCUCAGAUCACUUGUUGGGCUUGGCAGAAGGCCGGUAAAUCCAUCACCUGACCAGAGGCCCCUCUUCCAGCACUCCCCCCAAAAUGCAGCCCUCCUCUUGCUGCCUGGACCAAAACAUUCCUUUAGUCUUCAGUAUUUUAUAUUCUUUCAUGUUAAUCAUUUUUAACCAGGGCUUUUUAAAGGAAAACUGAAAACCUGAACCCCUUUUUCCAUCUUAAACCCCAGUUCCUGUGGUUCCCCUGAUUUUAUUUUCAUUCUGCCGGGGGGCGGGGGGGGUGAGGAGAAGUGCCACCUUCUCAGAGACCUGCAGGUGGGUGAAGAAGAGAGUGUUCUCUACUCGGUUGUAUCACAGCUCACCCAUGUUUUUGGCGAGUGUUGGCGCCAUGACCUGCUUCGGGGCUCUUCUGAACCCUGCUCUGGGUCCAGACUGGGCAGCAGACACGAAAAAACCCAGUUGGUUCAGGAACAAGAAUUCAUGUGGUUUUGCUGGGAAUUCCUUCCGGGCACCUGAAUGUGUGGCUCCAGAUCUGGCUGGAGGUGUCCAAUUCUUGACUUUACCUCCUCACUCCGUGGCCAGCUCUACCCUGUACCCUGACCCCUGGCUGUGCGAAGGGCCAGGACCUGACCAAGGAGGGCAAGAGGAUUCCUUCUCGAAAAGCUGGGACUUCCCUUGAGAACCUGGGGCUGGGACAGAACCACGUGACCAGGAGCAAGUCACUGAAACCUCCUGUGCCUCGAUUCACCCCUUCUGCCAAGUGGGGCUAAUGGUUCUUGUUUGCCAGCACUCUUGCUGACAAGUGCUGAAUAAGGGCAAAACCGUACCCUCUCUGUGUCUCUGUAUGCGUGCACACUAUACACAUUCAUGUAACCACUUCUCAGUGUCUUUUUCAAGUGAAGGCUCCCGAGUUGGGGUGGAGAGGCGAGAGCCAGCUUGGGGCUUCGGGGGCUGAAACAUGGGUCUUUGCUCAGCCGUGCCCCCUCGGGCCGGGGGCAAAUCAGGACCAAUCGGCAGGCCUGUGUGGGCUUCAGUCUGAGGACUGGGCACUGCCUCUUCCCUCUUCCCCCAGAAGCGGGUUUGGCAGCCCUUGCUUCCUGCCCCUCUGAGUGGGCCAGGCUGGCUCCUGGCUGUGCAAAGGCCCCUCCCUGGUCCCUGGGCAGGAAGGAGUUCUUUCAGGCUGGGACUGGAGGGUGGGUGGGGAGGGCAAUUGCUCUGCUCACCUGACACACCCUUCAGCCCGUGGGGCCCACAGAGUCCCUGUCUGCAGCUGGGCAGGGCCUCUGGUCCAUUCUUCCUGGAUGUGGGGUUCACUCCCCUCAGGGCCUACCGUGAGGUCAGGAGUGGAUUCCUGUUCUGUACUCAGAAUAAACAUUACUACAAUCCCAGAAA